AACGCGUAUAAACUGCCCUGCAAACGGUCGGCAUAGUUUAGUCGCGUUCGGAUUUUCAAUCGUGACGGUUGUCCUAGCGUUUUGUAAGCGAAAGCAGCAUACCAUUUUCUAGCGUCUACUUGUAAUUACGGCACAGCCCAAAACUUUAUACAAAAAAAAUCGUUCCUCCAGUGUUAAAUUAUACAAAAAUCAAAAUGUCCGCCGUGGAGACACAGGUGCAAAGCCCGAUCGAGGGAUGUGAUGUGGUGCACGGCAAUCAAACAACCACCAUACUGCAGCUUGCAAUGGCCGCGCUACGAUUAACCAAAGUGACCGGUACGGAUGGCAACAAUAAUGGCCACCAGCAGCGAAUACGACAACAGAUUACGCUCAGUGAGGUGGCUUAUCACGAUUGCUAUGACGAUUGCUGGAUCGUGCUGUACGAUCGUGUGUAUGAUAUUACAAACUUUCUGAGAUUGCAUCCUGGUGGACAUGAUGUACUGGUGGAGAAUGCAGGUCGUGAUGCUACCAUCGCCUUCCUCAAUGCUGGACACUCCGGAAUGGCGAUCAAAUCUCUCAAACUCUACGAAAUAGGAGAACUUCCACCGAGCGAAUGUAUCUACAGGUGUACGGGAAAGCUCACCCUAACGAAUCUUCCCGACUAGCAAUCUGUUUGGACUGCAACGUUCGUAACGAAAGCCGUCUUCCUCUCUACCAGCAGUACCCAUUUCACGCCAUGAUGAUGGUUCACCAUUCCAUGCUCUAGUGUUAUUUAUUGCAUUUUCGUUUUCCCUUUUACGUUAACGAAUGGUAACAGAGCUUUAAUUUUAAAUGUAGAUGCGACAGUAUUCGACCAUAUUGAGAAAAACGGGAAUCCGUUAUCCGUUAUUUAAGCACACACAUUAAAGCGAAUGAGUUCCUAGUUGGGUAAAGCUGUAACAGUUACAUAGUGUAAUAAACGUCCGUCCAGCUGUA